UCCCUGUUAUUUCUCCUUCUGCUUGCUGGGCCUAGUAACACAAUAGCGUUUGGUCCUGGUAGAGUAAGGACAGGGCUGGAAGAACGAGUGAGGGCUGAUGGUUGGGUUAGAUCUGGAGUAAAGGACAAGGGCGGAGACAGGGCAAGAAUUGAGGGGAACACUGAAACUGGAUUUGGAAACACUCAUGUCUCUAGACCUGGAGCUGCAGCAGGAGAGGAUGCAGAGGUAUGGGGGGACCCUGAUACUACCACUGGCUUCAGGUCCAUGCUUUCUACGGGGGAAGGCGGGCUGUGGGAGCCCCGCAGCUCCUCUCGCUGUGUCCCUAUCCCAUCGGGCAUGGCCUUGUGCCAAAACAUUGGUUAUGACACUAUGAGGAUGCCCAACCUGCUGGGCCAUGAGUCUCCAGCUGAGGCUGUACAACAGAGUGCCAGCUGGUUACCACUACUUGCCAGAGAGUGUCAUCCAGAUGCUCGCAUCUUCCUUUGCUCUCUCUUUGCACCCAUCUGCCUUGAAAGAGUUAUAUCACCCUGCAGGAGUUUGUGCGAAUCUGUGCGAGACAGCUGUGCCCCAAUCAUGAGUUGUUAUGGUUACCCCUGGCCAGAAAUUCUGCACUGUGACCAGUAUCCUGCAGACCAUCUCAUGUGUAUCUCCUCCAUCACCAACAGCACUGGUCACACAGGGGGGCGUCGAGUGCCUCAGGCAAGCUGCCGGGAUUGUGAGCUGGAGGAGGGCUCCUCUUCAAAAGAUACACUGGAAACCUUUUGCAGGAGUGAUUUUGUUGUGAAACUUCGUCUAACACGACUUAAGUACAGUCCAGUAACCCUGUCUCAGUUCUCACUGGCUGCAAAACUUGAGGUUUUGAAGCACGGACCCCUGUUAGGUGGGCAGAUCCGCUCCCGUGUUGAACUGUGGCUGGAGAGGGAUGCCACCUGUGUAAGGAACAUGACGCGCAAACACCCACGAGGUGGGACCUUCUUAGUGACAGGCACAGUCCAGGGGGAGCGCCUGGUGGUCAAUAAGGCUUACGCCUGGCAGAGACGAGACAAGAACCUGAUGGCAGCUGCACGCAAAUGGAAACAUCACAGAUGCAGAAGCUAGGAUUAUGUGUUAGAUAGGUUAGAAACAUCAAAAUGAACUCAAAUGUGAAGGAAGCAUUAAACAGACACGCAUAGGGACAGGAUAGACAUCGCAUUUAGAAUUUGCCUAAAUACCCAGAACUGUAAAUUAAGGUUGCUCUAGUCUUUAAAAAAAAUCAUGUUCCAACUACUGUUUAUGAUACGAUAACAUGCAGUCAGCUGGUCACAAAAGAGCUCAUAAAGAACCUACACUGUGUGUCACAGGCAGUGGAGGUCAAAGAAAUAGAUGUUUGAUAGAAAAUGUACAUAUCUGUGAAUUUAAAGCAAAUAUGCCUGGUAUAUAUUUGUAUGGCUUUGAUAAAAAAAAAUAAAUGUUGUGUUCUAAGUCCUGAAAAAUGCCACUUAUUCAUGAAUAGCGAAUCAUACCCAAAUACCAC